GGAAUUUUUUAGGUACAAUAUUGUUCACUGUGUGCUUUGUUUUAUUAGUAUUAUAUAUGAGAUAAAGCUAAUACCUCUCCAUUACAAUGAUGAAUAUUAUCUACAUCAUGCAUCAUGGAUCCAUGUGGGCCAUAAAAUUGUUAUGAUGUUUUGUACAGUAAUGUGAUCAACUGUCAUUGACUGAUGUGUAUACAUAAUAUAAUGGGUGCUUCAAAAUUACUAUCAGGAUGAGACCAUAUGACUUGAACAUUGCUCAGUGUGUAGAUUUGUAUGGCUGAAAUGAGUCAAGAGAGAAAUAGCAGUGUGUUAAUGGACCAAGGAAUCACUGUGACUGUGAGCUCAAAUGGAUCCUUAAAGAGUAAUUUCACCAAAGUAAGAACUGUCGACAUACUGAUCGUAUCAUAUUUGUCACCAAUAGUUUUGAUUCUAGGAACAAUCGGCAAUGCUUUGUCUAUAGCAGUGUUUUAUAGGAAGAAAUUUCGUAGAAACACGGCAUCUGUGUAUCUAAUCACACUGGCUGUGGUGGACACAUUUGGUUUAUGGGUUGGACUUUUCCCUUACUGGCUUCCAAAGAUCAGCCAUAUAAGUGAUAUUGAGCUCAUGAAUACAUGGGCAUGUUCAAUAUUAAUAUUUCUUGGAUUCCUCAGCAUACAGUUAUCAGCAUGGACUUUGGUGCUAGUGACGUUUGAACGACUUCUUGCGGUAUUUGCCCCAUUGAAAGCAAAGGUCAUCUUUAAUAUAAAAUGGGCAGUUGUAAUACUCGUUAGUGUGUUUGCUGUGCUUCUUGGUUUAAAUUUGCACAUAUUGUGGAACUUUGACCUACAACUUAACAUAGCCAAUGAAACUGAGUGCGGGGGAACAUCAGAAGCCUAUAUAUCAAUGCACGCCUGGAUGAAUGCUGUAAUAGCAUCUUAUCUCCCGUCAUUUUUGAUGUUCUCAGCAAAUAUAGCUAUCAUUGCGAAGAUGCUCCGGAGGAGAAGAUCUGGACUAGGGAGCUCUAAUCAGAUCGCUUCAAUGACCAUAAUAUUGCUACUCUGUAACUUUUCGUUUAUUUGUUUGACAUUUCCCCUAGCUGUGUAUUAUGCAUUUUAUCUUCAGUGGUAUCCACAGUCGAGUGAAAAGAGAGAUAUACACGAGGCUUUAGUUAUCCUGCUUGCCUUCUCAAACCAAGCCAUCAACUUUCCUCUCUACUGUGCCUCAGGACAAACUUUUAGAGAUGAAAUGAAAAAGAUGUUUCACAAGUGGAAAUCUGCCAUAUGUGGAAGGGGUAAUAGUGUUACUGAUGUAUUACAGAUGAACACAAACACAUUAAAUAGCAACACUAAUUAAUGGCAUUGUCAUCAAAAUGCACCUCUUUAAAACAAUCCUUACUACAAGUCUUUAAAUCUACAUUUUUGUUUGUCUUUUGUUGUUUUUAAAGUCUCCGAUAAAUCGGACUACGUAUAUACCGCCGUGUUUACAUUAGGGGAUUAGAGGAGUUUACUUUUAUUUUAGGUAUGCAAGCAAUAU